AUGAUCGCCAACUUUCUAGAGAAAAAAUACAGGAACUUGAUAGACAAGGCACAAGAACAUGGAAAAAGUUAUGAACAAAAUUCUGAAGACUCACAGGAAGAAGUUGACCCUGAUCUUCCAAAUGAAGACCUAAACCAGCAUAAGAAUUGGAAAUUGCUCAAUGAUGAAGAUUGUGGUCUCAGUAUAAGUGAUAGGAUAGUUGGAGGAAAAAAUGCCAGUCUAGGACAAUAUCCUUGGAUUGCAAGAUUAGGAUAUGCAAAAAAGAUUUUGUAUCCUGAUAUGUACGAUUAUUCUGAUGCUGAAUAUUUGGAUGAAAAUAAAGUGCUGGUUUUCGAAUGCGGUGCUUCUUUAAUAAGUGAUUUAUAUGUUGUUUCUGCAGCACAUUGUGUGGUGGGCCUGCCUUCUUCAAUAACAUUGUAA